AUGAAUGUUCUAUCCUGGAAUUGUCGAGGGCUAAAUGAUCCAACUAGUCCGACAAUUCCUUACCUCAGAUGGCUUCUUGCAAGCUAUCACCCAUCUUUUUUGUUUUUGCAAGAAACUAAAACUAGUGUAAACAAUGUAGCUAGUAUGCUCCGUUCAACUUGUCCUACUUCCUUUAGUGGUUUUGAUGCUGUAGAUACUCGUGGAGGCAUCGCUGUUUUUUGUUGGGGGCCGUACAAUAUGGAUGUGGUUGAUCUCUCUAGGAACUUUGUACUAUGUAAAAUAACUUCAAUAAAUGGGAAGGUGUGGCACUGCCUUUUCUUGUAUGGCGAGCCUCAAAUAGAGCAUAGAGCAACCUUAUGGAAUGAGUUGAAACACCGUUUGCACCCUUACAAGAAUUAUCUUAUAAUUGGUGAUAUAAAUCAGGUUGAAUACUAUUCAGACAAAAUUGGGGGAGCAACUCUUAUUCGUGGUUGGGAAGAUUUUGUAACCUGGAAACAUGAACUACACUUACGAGAUGUUCCUUUUUAUGGCCCUCGCUUUACAUGGACGAAUAACCGCACUGAUUCGGACCUUAUAAUGGAAAGGUUGGAUAGGGCCUAUGCUUCCCCAGAUUGGUUCGAGAAUUUCCCUAACACCCGCAUACAAAAUUUCCCUAUCAUCCAGUCAGACCACGCUCCGAUCUGGCUCCAAACUUUGCCAAGUACUUCGGCUCCUUUGCGACCCUAUCAAUUAGAAAACUGGUGCCUUCGCAUCCCGGAGGUAAUUAAUAUCACUUUGGAGGUUUGGCAGAUCUAUAUUGCGGGAUCUGCUAUGUAUCGCUUAUCAAAGAAACUGUCACUUCUUCGUUCACGGCUUAAAUCUUGGUGCCUAGACAAGAGGAUGUUCUGGGGAGUCAAUUGGAAGAAUGUAUUUAGUACGUUACAAUUCCAAGGCAACCAAAUUCAAACUCUUGACCAAGGUGUGUCGUUAAUUCAGCGACACAGGUCUCUAAUGAAUGAGGCCUCAUUAGCACUCACUUACUGGCAACAACGAUCCAAAGACCGACACCUCCAAUUGGGGGACAUACCAUCAAAGUACCUUUUCAAUCGGCUUCGUCAGCACAAAGAAAGAAACUUUGUUUACAUGCUUCGUAAGGAAAAUGGGGAAUGGACUGAAGAUUUCGAAGACAUAACUCAGAGGAUUCAAUAUUAUUUUAAGGACAUCUAUCAUGCUUUGCCGAAUCAUAACCUAGACAAUAGCCAUCAAGGGGGCGAGAUUGAUUGUGUGCUAAGAGAACUUAAUCUACCGUGUAUUUCAGAGAGGGAUGCCCAACUACUAACCUCCCCUAUUACGGAUCAGGAAAUUCGCAAUGCAAUCUUUGAUAUAGCUAACGACAAAUCUCCCGGUCUCGAUGGCAUACCAGCGGAGUUUUUUAAGUUUCACUGGGACAUUACAGGAACGUUGGUCAUAGAAGCCAUUAAAAGAUUCUUCAGUACAGGUCAUCUCCUGCGGGAAUGGAACAACACAUUACUAGUUCUGAUUCCGAAGGUCAACCCUCCGGAAGAGGUUAGCCAGUUCCGUCCAAUAAGUCUCUGUAAUGUUAUUUACAAAGGCAUUGCAAAAUGUAUGGUCAACAGGAUGAAACCCAUGCUUCCAUCUCUAAUUGAUGAAUUUCAGAAUGCCUUCGUCCCGGGUCGUCACAUGGACGAUAACAUAUUGAUCUCUCAUGAAAUCACUCACAUUAUCAACAAACAAAGAUCGGGCAAUCAACACCUCGCGGCUUUGAAACUAGAUAUGAAUAAAGCUUAUGACAGAGUUAACUGGCUCUUCAUUUUAAAGAUCCUACAAGCUUAUGGAUUUCCUAAUACCUGGGUACAACUAAUACAGCAAUGCAUUACAACUGUCUCUUAUCGACUCCUAAUCAAUGGAACUGUCACUCCAACCUUCUAUCCUAAAUGUGGGCUUAGACAAGGUGACCCGUUAUCUCCGUACCUUUUCCUCUUCUGUAUGGACAUUCUUUCCCGAAUGACUUCGCUGAGAACGGACAUGAGAUAUUUUCAGGGCAUAAAAAUUGGUAAGCAAGGGCCGACAAUUUCUCACCUUUUCUUCGCUGAUGAUGCGCUCUUCUUCUUCAAAGCUUCAGAAAAGGCCUGCCAUGCUGUUAACUCUGUGGUUUCCCGCUUUUGUCUGAUUUCGGGGCAGAUGAUAAACAGACAAAAAUCUUUUGUGAAAUUCAGCCCUAAUAUCCCUAUUGAACACCGUCAAAAGUAUAAGGAACUGCUGCAGAUGGAGGACAAACCAACUUUGGGUUCGUAUUUAGGAACUCCAAUAGACAUUCAGGGAUCCAAGAUCCAACAUUUUACUCCUCUUCUGGAUACAGUAUCGGAAAAAAUUGCUAAAUGGAAUUACAAACAGUUAUCCCAACCCUCCAAGCUUAUCAUUAUAAACUCCAUCCUGGUGGCCACUAUUAUGCAUCAGCUAGCAGUCCUCCCUAUCCCGACGACUAUUGCUAACAAGCUGGAUGCUAUGUUGGCUCGGUUUUUUUGGAAAAACAAUCAACAAAUAGGGAUUCACUGGAAAAGUAAAGCGAUCCUACACCAACCUCGAGGACAGGGGGGACUUGGCAUACGGAAUGUGGGGUGCUUCAACACGGCGUUACUCAUGAAAAAAGUUUGGCGCAUCAUACAGCACCCACAAAUCCUUCUCUCCCGGGUUUUUCGAUCUUCGAACCAUCAGGAACCAUGGAUUCGCAACACAAAGCAUAAAAUGUCGCUUGGCCGACGAGGCAUGCUUAAAGCAAGCCAAACUAUGAAACAGCUCUGUGUUUGGAAAGUAGGUAAUGGUCGAUCCAUUCAUGCGGCUUCUCAACCAUGGGCGAGUGGUAAGAUCCCCCUAUUCCGAGACCAAGUCAACAUACGGACAGCUGCAAAUUUGAGUGUCGCAGACCUUAUCCUCCCCGAUCAUCAGGGGUGGAAUUCGAUGGCAAUUAAUAGGCUUUUCCUCCCCUUGGAUGCUCGACUAAUUCAAAGUAUGGAAUUACCAUACCGGUCAGAUGUAGAGGAUCGUUAUUUCUGGCCUUUCACUCGAUCAGGCAAUUAUUCCACGAAAUCAGGGUAUGGAAUCAUUCUACAACACCAGCAAAAUGAAAACUACAGCAUGACCUCCCCAGUAGGGCUGCCAUUCUUUCGCCACCUCUGGGGUAUGAACAUCAUGCCAAAAUGGAAACUCUUCGUAUGGAAGUUGUGGCAUAAUAGUUUGGCCACUUCUUCCAAUCUUCAUCAUCGGGGUAUUACGCCCCAAUCUCAGUGUGCGACAUGUUUACAUGAUAUUGAAGAUGUUCAGCACAUUUUCAGGUUUUGCCCUCUCGCCAUUGAGGCAUGGGAUGGCUCUGACCUAGGGGUUCAACCGGUCACACCGAUUGAGAUAUCUCUGGGAAAUUGGCUAGAAUACUGGAUGGCAAAAUUCAUUCAGGAAGAUGGGAUGAGGAGUCCCCGUAUCCCAAAAUUCAUAGGCACUUUGUGGGCAAUAUGGAAAACUCGGAAUGGUCAAGUCUUCCGAAACAUCCGUGCCACGGAAGAAGGCGACAACCCGGAGGUAGUGAUCCAGAUUGAUGGUUCUUGGGAGAAAUCUACAGGGCAUGGAGGAGCUGCUUGGAUGGCAAUACAAAGCUUACGACCACCACAAAGUGGGGGGCGUUACCUACUCGCUACCUCGGCUCUUCAAACGGAGACUGUGGCCUGUUUUGCUGCCAUCAAAUGGGCACGCACCCUACAACUCACGAACAUUCUGAUACUCACUGAUUCGACGCUACUGGUUACUCUCCUGGGGUCCAAUUCCGCAGAUGAUAUAUCUAUCCACCACACUCUCCAGGACAUUCGGACAGAGGCGGGAAAAAUACAACGUUGUCGACUAAUGAAGGUUAACAGAGAACAGUGGUCUGGUCUUUGGCAAAUGCUUCUGUCACUUAUUACUAUUGGAUUCAUUAAGCAUGAUCAUAAUUACCUUUCACUUUGA